CUGACGUCCAAGUAACUUUAGUAUAUGUCGACUCGAGCGGAAAGACGCGAAAUACAAGACAGUCAAUGGCAACGGAAGCUACUCGCUCGGAUGGAUAGUACGAUUGCCACGGAUUUCGUCCUGGUUAGGCAUGGCGAGACGGACUGGAAUGCGGAGACAAGGCUGCAAGGCCAUCAAGAUCCUCCGCUUAAUGCAGUGGGCGUCGAACAAGCCGAGGAGUUAGCCAUGGUGCUCCAAAGAGAGGCCUUCCACGCCAUGUACAGCUCGGACCUCCGGAGGGCAUCACAGACUGCAGAAAUUAUAGCCGCACGCCGUCAAGACGGCAUGCAGUAGAUCCUCACCAGCCCCAACCUGCGCGAGCGCAAGCUGGGGGUGCUGGAGGGCCUCACUCGCGCGGAGGCGGUUGCAGCCCACCCCGCCGCCUUCCAGAACCUGCAGACCGCGGAUGACGGGGUGCGGGUGCCGGGCGGCGGGGAGAGCAUCCGAGACAUGCGGGAGCGGGUGAUUUCGGAGUUGCAGCGGAUAGCGGGGGAGCACCCGGGUCAAAGCGUGCUGGUGGUUGCGCACGGCGGCGUGCUUCAUCAAGUCUACAGACACGCGGUGGGGCACCCUUUCAGCGGCGCGAUAGCAAACGCCUCCGUACACCGAAUCCGGAUCCAAGGCAGUAGCUGGGCGGUUGUGGAGUGGAAUGCCGUGCAAACCCGAGUGCAAGCGGCGUCUGCUGGGCAGUUUGGAGGGAGGGCGAAUGAGGGGUAGAUGGUUGCGAUGGAGGUGUUGCCAUGCAGUCCCACGGUCGCUGGAUGUAUGUAUGUGAGGGAGUUUGCGUGCUCUCGUGGCUUCACUUAUCGUGGCUUUAUUUAUUGUGCUUCCUUAAUUUUAGAUGGGCGGUCAAUAGACAAUUACGCAUGCAUGUUUUGCAAGGCAGACUGGUUAUUAGCCAACCUUGACCACCCCUCGUGCACCUUCGUGGCACAGUCCGCAUGGCUUCGUGAACAGAAGAUGAGCUAGAUGCAUGCGUGCCCCGUGUUAACACCGGUAGGGCCCCACAGUCGGCUGGAUGAGCGUGCGAACACGUGAACACUUACACGGCUUUGCAUAAUGGGAGAUGACCGGGGGGGUCGAGAACUCGAGAUACCGGUACAAACCCUAGCAUGCUGUGACAUGCCCGAUGCAAGCACGAGUGGCCCCUCCAUGCUACCAGUCACUUUCCC